AAUGUUGAAAAGAUAAAUACCUAUUCUUUAAAUCACAAUGGCUAAUACAGAGAAAAAAGAUGCUGGAUCUGUUAUUCGUGAAUGGCUUACGGAGUAUAAAGGACUGGCAGAAUCUUCAAUUCCAAAUUAUGCAAAAGAAAUUUCUAAAAAAGAUGACGUUUUAGAUGCUUUAUUGCAUUUAUUCAAAGUCCAUCCACCUCAUACGACUAAGUCCAUGAACAAUUUAAUUCAACCAGUUUGUCAUCAAUUGUUUGAAUUUUAUCGCAGCGGAUUUGACGAAUUAAUAACCUUUACAAUCAAUUUAUUUCCUUCCAUAAUUUUGUCACAUAUAAUUGUUAGCUCUGCAUUUAGCGAUUCAACAUCAACGGAUGCUCUUUUGUUGUCGAUUUACACAUUAGAGAAUUUAUCGCAGGAAAAAGAUAUCGAGUCUCCGGGAUUAGAAAUUCCGCAGCCAGGAUAUUCAUCAAUUUAUCACGAUGCUAUGACUGGAAUAUUUUCUGAACAAAUGUGGAGUAUGCAAAAUCCGAGUCGGAAAUUUUAUCAAAAACCAGUUUUGCCGAAUCACACUGUAAUUGUUCCAGCAAACAGGUUUCAAAUCUUAACGCAAAUUAUGUCAAUUUAUUCUUCGCACAUUGCAACACUGAAAAAGUCUUCUCAUAAAAGUUUGUGUGAGACUUGUAAACUUCUAGCAUCGUCAGGUUACACUUGGCAGAACAAAUACAUCGAAAGUUAUGAUGAAACUAUGCAGAAAUCACGCCGAUAUCCGAUGAGUGUCGAAUUUAUGUUAAAAAUACUUCGAUGUGUGUAUUUUGCAAUGUACAACAACUGUCAAACAGAAGCUUUUCUCGCAACUGAAGCUAUGCAAAGAAGAGCUAAAAAAGAAUUGGUACCACAAGUUAUAUUUUUAUGUAAUGCAAUUCUUAAUACAGCAAAAUUAGAGCAUGAUGAACAGACAUUUGGUGAAGCUAGUCGAGGUGAAACUGCACCUUAUGGGCUACUUUCCGUCAAUCUUACUCCUAUUCUUGCUCGUGAGAGCAGCAGGAAAGGAGGGAGAUGGGCUGCAACUGCCAAAUCGAUUAAAGAUCAUCGAUGGAGACAUCAUAAUGAAGAAAUAUCUGGGGAUUUAUCUAGGAGUCUCGUAAAUGCGGAAGUUCAAUUGCAUCCCCCUAAAGUUGGACAGCAGAGUUCCGAUUUGGAUGAUUCUGGAAAAGCUGAUAAAUAUUCCAGUACGUCGCCGACAAAGUUAUUGAAAUCCAAAUUAAAAAAAUCGGCAGCUGGGGGAAUUCUAACAGAAAAAAGUAAAAGCCCAGCACCAUCUAGUGGAGAAGAACCGAAAACGAGAAAAAACAAGAAAAUAUCAACAUCCACUGAUGAAAUGGAAGUCGAAAAACCAAAACUGUCUCCUUCACAAAAGAAAUUGAGCCCAACAUUGACUAAGAAACAAAGCCGGACUUCUAUAGGAAUUCAAAAGCAUCCUAGUAUGGAUGAAAGUUCGUCACUAAAUCAUAAACAAAGAGGGUUUUCGGGUAGUAAAAGUUUUAGUGAUGUUGAUAAAUAUGAAGUCAAGCUACAGACUUCGAUCACCAUAGAUGCUAGUUAUACAUCAGGUGAUGGAAAUCAUGAUACGUCUGGGACAGCUCUGCUCGAAGGUUUAAAAUUAGACACUUCAUCUGAAUCAGAUGAUCGAGAGAUUUCUAAUGAUAAAAAGUCAGUGAAAAGUCGUCAUUUUUCAAGUGAUGACAAAGGGAAAGAGGGUUUUCCACUUUUGUCCACUUCAGAAACAAUAAAUACAAAAUCACAAACUACUGCUUUUUAGUAUCAUUUUCAUUUCAAAAUAUUUUUGUUUGAUACCAUUUUUAUCCAGUUCAAUCCUGAUUUACCUGGUAGAAAAUAGAAUCUAUAACAAUUAAUUUUCUUCAUAGUUGAUUCCAAUUAAAUUUGUAAUAACUCUGCUGUGAAUUGAAAUAAAUGAACUGAAAUAAGUUUUUGAGAAAAUUUAUGGCCAUUGUGUUGUGUUAAUUUUCUAGUGAUUUCUCAUUUUUUUUAAUUGCAAUUGUAAUCUUUAAUUUAUUCAAUCAUUAUUAGACAAUCCAUUGAUAAUUAUCAUAAAUAGUAAAUAUCAAAAAUAAUAAAUAUCAUAAAUGGCGGCCAUUGCAUGUAUGAAACAAUAGUUAUAUCAUAUAGCCUAGUGUUGUUUUUCUAUUAGAUACAAUCUAAAAUCUUUUUCAUUGCUGUGUAAGAAAUGAUAUUUUAAGCUCUAAUGCAAAUUUCCAAUUCAAUUUUACCUUGGAGUUGGAAAACGGACGCGUGUAACAUUUGAAGAUUUAUUAUUAAUAAACCCGAGCUCUGCAGGCUGAAUAUUUAUAUACUGCUAUUUCAUGUAUGGCUUUGGAGUUUGAUUUUUUUCUUAAAAAUUGGAGUUAAUCAGUAUUGUAUUUUCAAAUUUUUUGAGAGGACUAUUGCAUCCUAGCUGAGUUACAGACUUCUGAAAGUCUAAAUAUUUGACUGAAAUUAAAAAACUCAUCUCAUAAGUAGAGAUUUUGUUUGAAGUUUUUUGCAAGAGCUGCUGUGGUAGUCAAUUUUUCCAUCUUGAGAGCAGAACAGAAUUUUCUGUCUGGUUGGAUUAGGUCAUGGCUUGCAUGGAAAUCUCUGACUUCUUAUUUUCUGGCACAUAUCUUAAAGCUCUAUUCGAACAUACCAGUUUAAAACUACCUACAUGAUUACCAAAGAGAGUUUCAUCAUAAUAUGUAAUGCUUUUUAAUGUAGAAUUCCAGAAUUUUACUAGGUAUAUUUGAGUUUGCAAUAUUUCACUUUGAAAACGUAUGUAAAUUUUUAAAUUAUUUUUUGUUUCGUUAUUUGUAUAAUCAAGAGAACUGCUUUAUUAUGGUUUUAGGAAGUUCAAUAGUGUGCACUGUUUACAAUUAUUCUUUUUAACAAUGUAUAUUUAUAUCAUAG